GAAUUUUCUGAUCACCGCAGAGUUCGCAACCUAUUCCAAAACAAAUGCGAAGCUUGCCUGGAGUACGAGGGUGGGGGUUCGGAUGAAUACGGCUAUCGAACGGGGCGCCAUUAGUGAUUCGUCAGCAUACAACUACCAUGGUGCCUCUACUUAUCUUGCUACCUGCCAUCGUACUGCAUUCGCCACUAAUUAUGAUAUCCACCCUCGGACACUUGACUGUUAGUUGCUGUGCUAUUAGCUGUGUUUUCAUCGGCAUCUGUCUAAAGCUGCUAUUCACUCACAGUAACCGUUGUAUUCUUACGGCACAGUUAACAUCUUUGGGAGUCCUUUCAUUUAUAGAGAUAGCUCCACAUCUUUUAUACAGAAAAGGGGUUAAUAAUGUCGAUCCAUCAAAGGGAAGUCAUGGUAUUGAAUAUACCCCAAGAAAGUAGCACGCCUUAGGGGCCUGGCCUUUGAGGGGCCUGGAGAAACAUAUUAGGAAUUUGUCAUUAGAAUCGUACUCACUACGGAAUAAGAACACAGCGACGAUGACAUGUCCAGGGUAUC